GGGGCGUGGCUGUUCUCUCUGCGCUUCUCUGAUUGGUCACGUCAACUAUUAUCGCAGCGGACAGGGCGGUGCCUAUGUGCAUGUGGGUGUUACGAGCGGACAGCUGAUUGGCUGACACGGCGAAGGCAAGCGUAUCCGCUAACGCCAUUGGUUGUUUGUGGCGGUGGGCGGGAUCUCACUGCUGGGACCUCGCAACAAAUGCAGACGCAGCAGUUGCGCUGCACAGAAGAGCGAGCGAUCGGCUUAAGAGUCGAGGUAAAAAAAAAAAAAAAAAACCGGCAUUUAAAAUAAACAAAUAACAUUCGAUAUAUAUAUAGACAGAGAGAGAGAGAUGUACAUUCGGAUCCUAAUGGCCUUCUGAUAUUGAUAUUUCGGCGUGUUUCUGUGCAGAUCGGCGGCUGUGGAUUUACCUCAGAGGACCGAACGGAUAUUUCUCCGGUCGCGGAAGGAUUAUCGCGCUCGUUACGGCACACACCGUCCCCCGCUCGGUUCAGAGAGCACGGGAUUGUCGGAUGGAGCGGAGCUGCAGCAGUCACGGACCGCGGUCCCGGUGUCCGGAGCUCCUGAACGGAGACGCGUCCAUGAACGUAUCGAUCAGCUCCACGACAGGAUCGCGCUUCGAGCUGUCCGUCCCGCUGGACGAGACCGUGCUGGGGCUGAAGCGGAGGCUGUCCGAGAAGCUCCGGGUUCCCGCAGAGCGACUGCUGCUGCUGCACCGAGACACGAGGUUAAACUCAGGAAAGCUGCUGGAUUUCGGUGUGGCUGACGGAAGCAGACUGACGCUGGUGCCCACGGUUGAAGCCGGACUGAUGUCGCAGUCGUGCCGCUCGGAGCAGUCAGUCCUGCAGGCGCUGGAGACUCUCUCAGACGCUCAGGUCAGUGACUUCCUGUCGGGACGGUCCCCGCUGACCCUUGCCCUGCGUGUGGGCGAUCACAUGAUGUUUGUGCAGCUCCAGUUGGCGGCUCAGCCAUCCGUCUCCAGGGGACAUGCGGGCCCCAACCAGACGCCUACAGGGGCCGUCAGCAGUGAAAACCCCUCAGACUCUCAGCAGCGGGCACUAGACGUCAUGAAGAGCCACAAUGCCCCGCCCUCAUCUCAUGUUCACCAUGCCCACAGUACUCAAAGCCCCGCCCCUGCUCUUCACUCACACCCUGUUAGCCACGCCCACCAUCCUCAAAGCCCCGCCCAUGCUCCGCCCUGCACUCAGGCUGAAGGCAGCACUCAGAGCCCCAGACAGCGAUGCAAACCCGGCGCCGUCAUCGAGAGCCUCGUCAACCACGCGCCGGGAGUUUUCUCAGGAACCUUCUCAGGUACUUUACACCCUAACUGUCAGGACAGCAGCGUGCGUCCUCGAGAG